UCUAAUGUCUAUAGGAAAAGUCUGUUGUGUAUUGGCACAAUAACGAAUAUAACUGUUGAUAUCUACAACACGCACACACACACACACACACCACAGUAUACUGUCAUUCAUGUCACCAACCAUGUAAUGACCAAUGCCAUGGUAUGUUGUUUGAAAUAAAAUGCCAAUUGGCAAAAGGCAUCCCAGGUAUACCUACAAGUGUCAACAACACAAUGAGUGAUACCAUCAAUGAGUGAUACCAUCAACUUAAAUAAGAAUAGUUAACGUAAUUUUAUUAACUAAAUUGCCUGAGUACUUUGCACUUUUCUAAUUGCAUGCAUGUAUCAUAUUAUUAAUUCCGUAUUAUUCAAUUGCACACAGGAAUUUCCGAAAUAAAUUUGCAAUACAUAGUACACAAUUUGAUGUAUGAAGUGGAUGCAACAGUGCAAAUAUUGACGCACAAUCCAGUUACUAAUGUGCACGUAGCACAUGCACCCAAGAAAGACUUUAAUAAUAAUAAUAAUAAUAAUAAUAAUAAAUGUUUCACGGCAAUUCAUAGUAAUUUAUAAAUCACGUUACCUGCCGUCCAAUCUAUUUGAAGUCGAUUUGCGCAGAGAAAACAACGUUCAGCAGAUGAUGUUCAAAACUGGGGCCCUUUAAAUAAACGGUGCAGGUUACUGCUCGAGAGAUGCACAAAAAGACCACUUCAUUUAUGUCAAAAUCACAGUUGUAACGUGUCCAUUGACUACCAAGAAUCAAAGGCCGCGCCGCUAGCCUCGUACUACCAGCGGCUAAGUCGAAAGGGUGUCCAAAAAAAAUUCGCCUGGACCCCUGUUGGAUAAGUGAAAAUGUUGGAUAACAGAAGGUAUUACGAACUCAACUAUUGUUCAUAUUAUACGGCAUUUUUUCCACACUAGGUAUACUGAAUGUAGAUGUGGAAUGAAUGUACAUGUAAAUGAAUGUAGAAGACAACGAGAAGAAAUGCUUGAACUCACUCUCAAACUUGCUUUACGAAAGAACUGACUGACAUGCACGUGGAUGUAAAUAAGUGAAAGCAACGUGGAAGAAUGUAGUCUCGAGGCUUUCCUUCGCUAUUCCAAUUCUUUUAAAUGCUGUCAGAGGCCCUCAUUUGAUGUCUCAAACAAAUGGGAAGGACAUUAACCACAUCAUGCUAUUGAAUAGCAAUAAAGACGAAGCCAAUUUUUCAGAUUGGAUCAAUGUGGCAGUCUACAUUCUAGUAGUUGUAUUAGUGGCAGCACAAUUAAAAAUCAUCCGCAUGUCACAACUUUGUGCACCUACAGUUCUAUGGUUCUCUGAUCUCAUCACUCUAUUUGCCAAACCUGUUUCUAUUUUCUUUGGCAUUCAAACGAGUACAGUUUAUGACACAGUUGCCAUCAUGGGAUGCGGGAUUCCUUUUGGAAUUUACAUCAUUCUUUCAUCCUAUUUGUUGUGGACUCAAGAAAACCAAGGUAAAGAAGGUGCUGAAAACGCUGUAGCAAGUGAUGCGGGUGACAAAAACACAACUCAUACAAAUUUUUUUUUUGGUGUCCAGAAUAUACAACACAUAACUGUACAACAAUACCCUACCUAUGACGGCACAGGACAAAGACGUUUUACUGAAACAAUUGAUUCGGAUCAGACCUACCUACGAAGAAGACAGACAGAAGCAAACAGAAGCACUAACACCACUGAAAUGUCACUACAGCCAGAAAGGAUCAGUCAUGAAGACAACCCACUGUUCUCAAUAGGUAACAGAACAGAAGAACCUGACAACAGUCGUUGGAGGGAAAGUUGGAGUGAAGAUGCAGAUUCUAUCAGCACGACUGGUGGCAGCCAUGUGCAAGAGCAAGAAGAAUGCUCAUCAGACUCCAAGAGAGAUAUAAGCAACUCUGACCAACGACAUACCUACAGCGACAAUACUCGUAGUCGUGAAGCUGGUGCCCCAAUUAUAGGUCAGCUCCGAUCUCGUCCUACACGGGUAGUUCAACCAACAGGUGCCGCCAGUAGUAGUGAUGGUAACAGAUUAUUAAAGGACAUUGCUACAACCACAGCAAAAACUGAAAGACAAAACACACAUAAAACAUCAAAAGAAUUGCCCCAGCAGGAAGAUAAGAAGUUAGAAGAACGUGUGCGUCAGCUAGAAAUUACAGAAAAUGAUAACAAGGGUAGGCUCCAAGGAUUGGAGAACAAGACCAACCAUUUGGAGCACACGACCAACCGUUUGGAGAACAAGACCAAACAUUUGGAGAACAGGUUUCAAAAUGGGGACAGGUUUCAAAGUGAAACUGAGACAUUACCAGCUGGUCCUCCAGUAGCAACCCCAGUGCAGACAACCGAUGGGGCAAGCUUAGCACCAGUUGUGUUCACUAGGCAAAACGAAAACACAAGUCCGUCUAGAGAAUACCAAACUAGGUCUUCAUCCUCUCCAUUAGAUCAUAACUACCAAGAGACUGAUGUGUGAUAAUUUAGAAAUCAGAAAAUCGUGCAUCAACCUAAUUUUUGACUAACUGCUGUGUUCUGUUAAUUACAGAAAAUCUUUGGCUAAGCGAGACUAGUUGGUAUAAUCCUAUUGGACUCUUGAUUCCUUUAGUAAUGAUUUAUAGCCAUUCUGUAUUGUUUUUUUAACAGUGACAAUAUAAUUAACACGCAUAGCUAUCACAUGCCAUCUGAACAAUUCAACUUACAGAUCGACAUGCUAUGUUUG